AUGGCUACCCCUAGUGUCCUUGCGUUUGACGCUGAGGGUCGAGCCAUAGACUUCGAGGUCUGGCUCGACGACUUGCAGCUGUUUUUACAGUGCGAUAGGGCGGACGGUCUGUCUCUCUUUGACCUCACCUCUGGCGCCGUCCCUGCCCCUGCUGCUGAUGCUGACGCCACUGUUCGCUCACAGUGGGCCACGCGCGAUGCUGCUGCACGUCUUGCUGUGCGUCGCCACUUGCCUACCGCUGAGCGCGCGCACUUUAGCCAGUACAAGAGUGCCCAGACCUUGUACAACGCUAUAGUUGCGCGCUACUCCUCCCCUGCCACUACUGCACUGAGCCACCUCAUGCUCCCCUUCCUCUUCCCUGACCUUGCCGCCUUUCCCACUGUCGCUGAUCUCAUCACGCACCUCCGCACUAGUGACACUCGCUACCGCGCUGCGCUUCCUAUUGAGUUCUGCGCCAAGAACCCCCCCCCCAUGUACAUCACUCUCUACUUCUUAGUCACUCGCCUCCCUGACUCCCUUCGUGUAGUCCGGGACCACUUCCUCGCAGUCUGUCCCACCACCCUCACAGUCGACAGCCUAGAGAAGGCCCUCCUUGCGGCAGAGAAGAGCAUAGUUGAUGUAGGAGCCUCUCGAGGCGACCCCCGCGCCCCCAUCUUUGAGGGGUGUUCUCCUUCCCCUCUCCUGCCCUCUGUCGCCUCUGCCGCUGCGGCCGACCUCGUUGGUCUUGACUCGGUCGGUGCGGCGUCUGCCCCUAGCGGGAGACGCCGCUCUGGCAAGGGCAAGGGGGGCAAGGGAGCGGGUGGGGCCAGUGGGGGCGGUGGAGGUGGAGGUGGAGGCGGCGGAGGGAGUGGGGGUGGCGGUGGAGGUGGUAGCGGGGGUGGGGGUGCUAGUGGCGGCAGUAGAGGCGGGGGUGGCGGCGGCGGUGGCGGUGGUAGCGGAGGUGGCGGAGGUGGCGGCGGUGGAGGCGGAGGUGGGGGCGGUGGAGGUGGCGGCGGGGGUGGCGGCGGUGGAGGUAGUCGGAGUGGAGCUUCGCAGCGGAGAGGCGCUGGGGGAGGUCAGCGCCAGCAGCAGCAGCACCAGCAGCGUUCUCGCGACGUCCCCACCCCUCAGCAGCUCCGUGAGUGGUACACGCAGCGCCAGCGCGGUGGGGGUUUUGGUCCCUACACCUACGUUCUCCGCACUGGCGAGCGCGCUGGAGAGCAGUGUGGGGGCACCCACACCGCCCAGCGCUGCUUUGGCCGCCUGACGAACGCUUGGCGCCAGCAGUUCCCGGAGGCCGCGGAGAUCCCCCGCUGGGGAGAGCUGUCAAGGGCAGGUGUCGCUGUUUUUGACCUUGACUUUGAUGCUAUCCUUGCUGCCAUGUAUGCUGUGACCGUUAGUGAUGAUGGUGACUGUUACGGGUGUUUCCCGCCCGACCCGGGCAUUGGUACUGCUGCUCCAGGUGCCGGUGAGGCUUCUGCUCUAGGUGCCAGUGCGUCUGUGCUCUCAGGUGCUGGUGAGGCUGCUCUCUCAGGUACUAGUGCGUCUGCGCUCUCAGGUACUGCGUCGGCUUCGGCCUCCCACACCUUCACUCUUGACUCUAGAGCGUCUCGCUCUUUCUUUCGGGACCACACCACACUCACACCGCUUAGUCGGCCGGUUGCGGUUUCCCUGGCUGACCCCUCUGGGGGUCCUGUCCUGUCUCGCUUCUCCACAGUCCUCCCGUGUCCGGCGGCUCCCUCUGGCACCCUGUCUGGUCUCUACCUCCCCUCGUUCUCUACGAACUUGGUGAGUGGUGCUGACCUACAAGAUGCGGGAGUCCACCAGUUCACUCCUGCUCGUCAGCGAGUGACGCACUGCACAGAGGCUAGCACGGGUCGUCACCUGGCUACGUUCACACGUCAGCCAGGGUCGAGCCUGUACACACUGACCACUGCUUCUCCUCCAGCUGCUGAGUCUGGUCGAGUCCCUUCGUCUGGUCAGGUGUUUGCUGCGGCGUCCAGGUCUGGUCCUGAGUCUGCCCCCUGUUUGUGUCGCCGUCUGUCUCACGAGACCCUCCUCUGGCACCACCGCCUUGGCCACCCCUCUCUGCUUCGGCUCAGAGGCAUGGCCUCUCGUCUUCUUGUGUCUGGUCUUCCCCGGUCCCUCCCUCCCCUUCCUCAGGGCCUUGGCCCUGCCUGUGUCCCCUGUGUCGAGGGGCGCCAGCUUGCUGCCCCUCAGUCCUCCCAGUUUCCUCCGACAGAGGCUCCGUUGCAGACGCUUCACAUGGACGUGUGGGGUCCAGCCCGCGUCCGUGGACAGGGUCACGAGCGCUACUUCCUGCUGGUGGUUCAUGACUACUCGCGUUACACCACAGUCUUCCCCUUGCGCACCAAGGGUGAGGUCACUGAGGUGUUGAUCGACUGGAUCCGUGCAGCUCGUCUCCAGCUCAGGCGGAGCUUCGGCUCGGACUUUCCUGUUUUGCGUCUGCACUCGGACAGAGGCGGAGAGUUCUCCUCUGGCCUUCUUCGUGCCUACUGUCGUGCGCGAGGCAUCCGCCAGACCUUCACGCUUCCGGACUCCCCGCAGCAAAAUGGGAUUGCAAAGCGCCGCAUUGGCAUGGUCAUGGACGUCGCUCGUACGUCUAUGAUGCAUGCGGCUGCCCCCCAUUUUCUGUGGCCGUUUGCGGUCAGGUACGCGGCGCAUCAGCUCAACCUUCACCCCAGGGUCUCCAGGCCGGAGACCUCCCAAGCCUUGCUAUGGACGGGGAAGGUUGGCGAUGCGUCAGCGUUCCGGGUCUGGGGAUCUCGGGCGUUUGUCCGCGACUUGUCUGCGGACAAGCUGUCCCCUCGCGCUGCUCCCUGCGUCUUCCUGGGGUUCCCCCCCGACGCCCCUGGGUGGCAGUUCUACCACCCCACCUCUCGACGUGUUCUGUCCUCCCAGGACGUCACGUUCGACGAGUCGGUACCUUACUACCGCCUCUUCCCCUACCGCACUCCGUCCCUCCCCCCGCCCCCGCUCUUCUUGGUCCCAGGUCCCCCCCCGGUAGACCCCCUCCCCCCUCAGGGUCCUGCCCCUUCAGGUGUGUCCCAGGUAGACGCGGUCGAGCCUGUCGAGGUCACUGGUGACUCUGGUGCUGCUGCGGGAGCUGAGCCUAGGGGUGCUGGGACUGGAGGUGCUACGCUUGGGGGUGCUGAGCCUGGGGGUGCGGAGUCUGGGGGUGCUGAGCCUGGGGGUGCGGAGUCUGGAGGUGCUGAGCCUGGGGGUGCUGAGCCUGGGGGUGCUGAGCGUGGGGGUACUGAGUGUGGGGGUGCUGAGCCUGGGGGUGCUGAGACUGGGGGUGCUCCGCCUGGAGGCGUGCUGCUGGUGCUGGAGGUUCUUCGGCUGCAGAGGGUGCUGCUGCCGAGCGUCCUUGAGGUGGUCGUGCUGUGGGUACUGGAGCUGCUGGGUCUGAGGGUUCUCCUGGAGCUGGUGCUGCUGAGGGUGUUGGCGCUGAGACUGCCGCUAGCGGUCCGACUGACAGUGCUCCUGGUGGUGCUGCUGGAGGUUCUGGAGCUGCUGGAGGUGUUGCUGGAGCGGUCACAGCUACAGCCUGCCUCCCCUUUGCCUGCUCCUUCUCCCUACGCUGGUCCGACUGGAGGUCCUACUGAGCGUUGUGAGCCUGCGUCUCGUCCUGCGUCGCCUGUUCGUACUGCGCGCACUAGUGGUCGUGGUUCGCGUCAGCGUCCUCCUCCUGUCCCUGGCACGCACCGGAUGUCUCUGCGUCCAUCCACUGCUCCUCUGCGUGCCCCUUUGCCUUCUCCUCCUGCUUCCUCUCUUCCUGCUCUUGCCGACCCGGAGUCGGACUCUCUUCGUGCUGCCAGUCCCACUGUCACGCGUCUCCUUGCUACUGCUGUCACUGACCCUUCUUUCGAGUCUUCUGCUGCGUCUGCCCUUGUCACUGAGCUCGUCGACUUUGCUGCGCGCUGUCGUCUAGACUACGCUGCUAGUCUUGUCGCUGAGCAGGAGGAGUUCCAGUGUCUGGCCGCCGCUUCACCUCAUCUCGCGUCUGUACUACUUGCCCCUGAGGGAGACCCGGAUGCACUUGACAUCCCGACUCCGCGCUCUUACGCGGAGGUGAUAGAGGGUCCCUACUCCUCUCAGUGGCAGGCAGCUAUGCAUGCAGAGAUGGCUUCCUGGAAGUCCACAGGCACCUACGUUGACGCUGUUCCCCCUCCUGGGGCGAACAUCGUCAGUGGCAUGUGGAUUUUUAGGGUGAAGCGGCCGCCGGGUUCUCCGCCUGUCUUCAAGGCGCGUUACGUGGCUCGUGGCUUCAGUCAGCGGCAGGGAGUUGACUACUUUCAGGCUUUCUCCCCCACCCCGAAGAUGACCACUCUUCGGGUACUGCUGCACGUUGCUGCUCACCGUGACUACGAGCUGCACUCUCUCGACUUCAGCACAGCUUUCUUGCAGGGCAGCCUGCACGAGGAGAUCUGGCCCACCUGGCUUCACUGGGUCUUUCCCUCCUGGUACCCAGUGGAGUCUCCGGCGUCCAGUCUACGGUCUCCGCCAGGCGCCACGCGAGUGGCACGACACACUGAGGACUACGCUGGCGGCACUUAG